UUCGUAAAUCGUCAUUUUUCCAGUGUUGAAUUUUUUUUCCAUCGAAUUGCAACACAACAUCAAAUCAUUGUGCGACAUAAUGCCACCAACAACCAGACGUCAAAACGGCAUAACAAAGCCGAUUGCGACACCAGUAACAACAACAGCAACAUCAUCUCGGCCGCCAAAAUCGAAAAAAAAGGUGACGAAAAAAGCACCGAAAAAAGUAAAUACGACGGUUUCGUUGUCACGUGGUCGAACACCAGAAUCAGAUUAUUCUGAUCGCUCGCGUUCACGUUCACGUUCUCGGUCGCAUCGUCACCGCCGCCACCGUGAUUCCCGUUCACGUUCUCGCCACUAUCGUCGGCAUGGCCAUGGUCAUAGCCACCAUCGUCGUUACCGCCGGUAUUCAACUUCUUCAAGCGAUGCAUAUUCAUCGUCAUCGUUGUCAUCACCACAACGCACGACAUCGGCAAACCGUUCCGCUCGCAAGCAAUCAAUUGCAGCACCUCGUUCAAUGCGCAAUUCCGAUGUUACACCAACAUGGAAGCCGGCAAAACGUGCCAAUCGUAGUAAAUCGUUGGCAGCACGAAAUUUGGUUCCUGAUUUCGAUGACGGUUCUGUGACUCAGUCAGCAAAACGUACAGCUCGCAAGCAAUCAAUCGCAGCAUCUCCUUCAACGGGCGAUUUCGAUGUUCCACCAGCCUGGCAGCCGAAAAAACGCAACAAUCGUACCCAAUCAGUUGCAGCACGCAGUUUGGCUCCUGAUUUGGAUGAUGGCUCCACGGGUCAACCGGCAAAACGUCGUAACCGUGCACAAUGGACAAUGGAUUGUUCUUGCGAUCAUCACAACUGCGACGAUGAUAAACCAAACUUGCCGUGGCUGCCGAAACGCGUUCGAUUCAGUGGAAACGACUUCGAUAGUGCUAGGCAAAUCCCAUCUUUGUUGCCGUUGAAUUCCAAAGUUGCAAACCGACCGACAUCAACCGUUACCAGUGCCACACAAUCGGAUAAUAAUGAUGCCGAAACAUUGCAAGCUCAAAUUCGUUUGAAUACUCAGAUGAUUUCGACGAUUGAAAAUUUACGGAAGGACAUCGACCAGGUGAACAAAGAACGGGACUUUUUCAAAAUGCAAUUCAGCCAAAUGAAAGAUCAACUGGCGCUUUCAAAGAAAAAGUUCCAACGUGGCCAAGAAAACAUCGACCCCAAUGCGUUCGAUGUACCAUCAGUUGAUGCUGCAGGUCGCGAGGAUGCCACAGAGCAGCCGAGUGAUGCCAAUCAACCACAUUAA